CUGCUACAAUUCGGACUUAGUUCUCGCCGUCCAAACAACUAAUCAGGGAGGAAAACGCUAACACAUAGAUUUGGCGUUAGGAUUCGAUAUUGAGAAGCAAAAAGUCCCCGAGUUGAAUCACUUGUCGAGGCGACUCAAAUGACGGCGAGCGAAACCGUUGGUUGCGAAGAAGGGCCGGCUUCAUCGCCGAGGAGUAGGGUAAAGUUUCUUUGCAGCUACGGAGGGAAAAUAUUGCCCAGACCAAGCGACGGUAAACUCAAGUACUUUGGUGGGGAGACUCGUAUGGUGGCGGUCCCGGGGGAUAUCAAAUUUUCAGAAUUGAUGAAGAAGGUGAACAGUAUGGUUGAAGGGGACAUGGUUCUGAAAUUCCCCAUUAUCCCUGAUGAACUUGAUGCCUUGUUAACUGUAAAAUCCGACGAGGAUGUCGAACACAUGGUUGAUGAGUAUCGUCGUUUGGAAAGUGAAGGAACUCCAAAACUUCGUGCUUUCUUGUUCCCUUCCAACCCAAUCGUAGUCGAGAACCAAAUGAACCCUGUUGAUCACUACGCCAUUGAGCAGCAGUAUAUAGAAGCCAUCAAUGGCAUAGUUCGUCCAAGUUCAACUGAUACUAGUGGAAGGCUCACCCCUGUUAACCCAAACCGCUCCAACUUCAGCCCCUCUGCUAGCACUUCCCCUAAAGCAGCUUCUCCGGAUAAUAGCUCUUUCCUCAUGGAGCCAUCAGUUUCAAAUGGAAACCAACAUAAUAAACCCCCCAUGUCUAAAGUCCAGAGUUCUCCCAACAUUUACAACCUCAACACCCUCCAUCUGCCAAGUAACAACCAUAGCAAUCACCAAGUUUACCAGGCACACUAUCAUUAUCACCAAAACCACCAGCAACUACAACCCUACAGUGUUCCAUCUCCAAGAACAUCCCCAGAUUUUCGGGCUGAAAAGCCCCCAGGGCCACACGACUUUGUGAGAGGUGCUAUGGGGCAUGGUCAUGUACCAGUAAACCGGGUCUAUCCGGUAGGCAGACAGAACAUGGUGAAUGGAUACCAAGCAUGUCCUUGCUGCUGCGACGACUGUUUGGCUUAUGCAAGUGGAGGAUCUUCUAAGAAAGUUAGCCCUUCUAGAAGUGCAAGGCUUGAUAAGCCAGAUAGUCCCGGUCAGAGGAACCAUUUGCCGGAAUAAAGCAGUGAAAUCAAUCAAGUAGCAUCCUGAUCAUCAGACUGAAGAACUGAAAGAUAGGUACAUAAUUUUUUUCCUUCU